AUGAAUGCGCAAAUUUCGAAAUAUUCUCUUUUGUCUUCUGAGCUCAUAUCAUUUUCCAGGUGCACACAAGUCAAAAUUGGAGCACGACAGAGUAAACGCCUCUCCCGAAAUCUUCCAUCCGAACGUGCGAAAAGAACAAGGGCCGUCUCGAAAGUCAGUGAGCAUACUAUGAAAAGAUCGGGUUCGAUGUUAGACGUGAGCGAGGACAGUCAACAUUCCACGAACAAGGCCCCACCAACAAAGAAGGCUCUGGAAGAUUCUCGGGAAAACGUCAGCAUGAACGGUAAUUUGUCUAAUCUCCAUAAAGAUUCUUCAGGAAGCCAUGUCAAUAUUGUCGAGAAUCUCCCAGUCGAAAAAGUGGAUAGCGGAGAACGUGUGGCUAUUCUAGACUUCGGAGCACAAUAUGGAAAAGUCAUUGAUCGCCGUGUUCGUGAGCUGAACGUGCAGUCGGAAAUGUUCCCGUUGAAUACAACCGCAAAAACUCUGCUAGGUCUCGGAGGUUUCAAAGCUAUCAUCAUUUCUGGUGGACCCAAUUCCGUAUACGCAGAGGAUGCACCAACAGUUGACCCAGAAAUCUUCUCUUGUGGACUGCCGGUUCUUGGAAUUUGUUACGGCUUCCAGCUCAUGAACAAAAUUGGAGGAGGUACUGUAUCUCGCGAGCAGAUCAGAGAAGAUGGAGCAUGUGAAAUCAAAAUCGACAAUCAAGCCGACUUGUUUCAAGGUCUUGCUGAGAGAGAAAUUGUUCUGUUAACUCAUGGAGACAGUGUCACAAAUAGUACAAUUUCACCGAAUUUCAAAGCUAUUGCCUGGAGUGAACAUUUGGUCGCAGGUAUUUGUGACGUCCAGCGCAAGUUGUACGGUGUCCAGUUUCAUCCAGAAGUGGAUCUUACUAAGAAUGGAAACAAAAUCUUUGAGAACUUCUUGUUCCCGAUUUCCGGCUGCACUAAAUCGUUUACAAUUGAGAACAGAGAACAAUCAUGCAUCAAGGAGAUUCGAAGCAUCAUCGGUGAUAAGAAAGUGCUGGUCAUGGUUUCUGGUGGUGUCGAUUCAGCUGUAUGUGCCGCUUUGCUCAAUCGGGCUCUAGGACCCGGCCGAGUAACCGCCGUUCAUAUCGACAAUGGUUUCAUGCGUCAUCUGGAAAGUGACGCCGUAGAGAUGAGUCUCAAAGCUCUUGAUCUCCCAGUUCAUAGAUACGAUUAUGGAACGACUUUCCGUUCGAGCAGUGAGCAUAUGCUUCCAGAGGAAAAAGCUUUGGAUGAGAUCGAUGAUCCAGAAUUGAAAAGAAAAAUCAUUGGAAACACGUUCAUUCGUGUCAAAGAUCUGAUCAUGAAUGAGUUGAAAAUCAAUCAUAACGACUAUUUUCUGGCUCAAGGAACUCUACGCCCUGAUCUCAUCGAAAGUGCAAGUGAACUUGCUUCUGGACACGCCGACACAAUCAAAACGCACCACAACGACACAUACUUGGUUCGUGAGCUUCGAAAAGCAGGCAAGGUAAUUGAGCCGCUGAAGGAUUUCCACAAAGAUGAAGUUCGCGUGUUAGGAAAAGAUCUCGGACUCCCAGACGCCAUUGUGCAGAGGCAUCCGUUCCCUGGGCCUGGACUAGCGAUCCGUAUUCUGUGCGCUUCCCAACGGAGACCAGAGUUUAUUCUCAAACUUCCCAACUUGCCGGGAUGCUAUGGAAGUACUCAAGAAGUGACUGAGAAACUGAUAAGCGCUGCGAUCAACCCAAGCCAAGGUAUUUACGAAAAUGAACACUACGAACAGCAGCGAAAAACCGCUGUCGCCUUGCUAUCAGAAAAGGACAGACUUCUUGCAAACGCUCAGAAACAUCAAAUCAACGCUCAUGUGCUUCCGAUCAGAACCGUUGGCGUGCAAGGAGAUGCCAGAAGUUACUCACACGCCGUCGUGUUGUCAACUGAGGAACGCCCAGUUCCAUGGAAGCUUCUUUUCGCGUAUGCCGGUGUAAUUCCUAAAAUGUUCCACGGAAUUAACAGAGUUUGCUACGCAUUCGGGGAAAAGAUCGACAGGUCGAUUGAAGAUUUGACUCUCACUUUCCUCGUUCCACAAACUGUCAAAAAACUUCAAAUGGCUGAUUAUUUUGCCAAUGAGGUUCUAUAUGCCCGGAAGAACGAGCAUCGUGAACAAGGCCUCGAAAACGUUGAGCGUCACAUUCAACAGAUGCCUGUAGUUCUGCUACCAGUCGACUUCGAUCGUGAAAGUGAAUCUGGGUCCUACAAGCAUUCGAUUGUCCUCAGACCAUUCGUCACUUCUGACUUCAUGACAGGACAAGCUGCUAUUCCAGGCGAACAUUUAGCGGAAGCUACCGUUCUCGAAAUGGUGCGCGCUAUCAAGAACAACGUUCCUGGAAUUUCUCGCGUACUUCUCGACAUGACUUGCAAACCACCAGGAACCACUGAGUGGGAAUAA